GGGGACACCCGGGGGAUGCUCCGGGAGCCCCGUGGGCGAGUCCCCGGGGUCCCCGCCCCGUCCCCGCCCCGAGCAGGCGGGGUCCCCACUGCCGUGCCCGGGGCCACCCAGUUACCCCAGGGAUUCCCAGUCUGGGAGCCGCCACCGAGACCCAUCGCACCGCAGGUAUCAGACGAGGGUUUGUUCUGCGGUACCGGAGCUGUGGGCUCUGCCUGGCAGUUAUCCGACGCUUUGUCCACCGGCAACAACCAGACCCCCAGUGCCCCCCCACCCCAAGGCUGGCCCUCCUGGGGGAACCAGCCGCCGGCUCCUGGGGGGUUCCCGGCGUACCCCGGCUCUCCCGGGACCUAUCCUGGAGCACCGGGAGCAUAUCCCGGAGCACCGGGACCGUAUCCUGGAGCACCGGGGCCGUAUCCAGGAGGACCAGCAGGACAAGGACCAUAUCCAGGAGCACCUGGAGCAUUCCCUGGAGCACCAGCAGGACCAGGGCCGUAUCCUGCCCCAGGACAACCUCCCAGUGGCCCUGGAUUCGGGCCCCCUCCUCCGCAGGGGGGACUGGCUCCUCCGAUGAAAGUCCCCUUUGAGCUGGCCCUGCAGACAGGACUUGUCCCUCGGAUGCUCAUAACCAUCACGGGGACCGUCAACCCCAACCCAAACAGGUUUUCACUGGAUUUCAAGAGAGGGAAUGACAUUGCCUUCCACUUUAAUCCCCGCUUCAAGGAAGACAACAGCAAAGUCAUCGUCUGUAAUUCAAUGUUCCAGAAUAACUGGGGAAAGGAAGAUAGAACAGCUCCUAGGUUUCCAUUUGAAGCUGGAAAACCCUUCAAGCUCCAGAUCCUUUGCGAGGUGGAUCACUUCAAGGUAGCGGUCAACGAUGCUCACUUGCUGCAGUACAGCUUCCGUGAGAAGAAGCUGAACGAGAUCACCAAGCUCUGCAUUGCUGGGGACAUCACCCUCACGAGCGUCACGCCGACGAUGAUAUAAGUACAGUGGUGUAAUUUCAAUGCAAACUUAGUGCUCUUAAUACGGCUGUAACAGAAAUGCCUUCUUACAUGAAUAUUUUGAGGUAAUAAAACAUACCUUCACAAGCAAAA